UCCCAGGUCGGGGGUGUGUGUGUGCGUGAGUUGUUUUUUUCCCUAUAUUUUGCAGUUUAACUUGUGUGUUUCCCUGUUUACUUGGGAGUGGGACAAGUGACUCGAAAGGACUGCCUCUGGCCACUUUUCGUUUUCUUUGACUCGUGACAGUAUUCCAUUAGUCAGUGUGUGCAACAGUGCCCAGUAUGCUGUAUACCAAUUCAUUGGACUGAAUUCUGCCUUGGCACACUUUCAAUAAAGAGGAGAUUUGGACUUUAGCUUGCAAAUCUGGUCUGCCUGCUUCAGCCUCAACCUAAAAAGAAACAUUUCUGAAAGGACUUGAAAAAGAAAUCAGGAUCACCAACAUGUCUUGUCUUUUAGACCCACCGUGUUUGGCCCUGGCUGCCUGUGCUCUCCUGACUGCACUUGUCUGGUUUGUAAGAGACAGCCUGAAAAUCAGCGACAUUGACCAGAAAUACGUCUUCAUCACAGGAUGCGAUUCAGGCUUUGGGAAUCAACUAGCAAAACAGUUGGACCGCCAAGGAUUCCGUGUAAUUGCUGCAUGUCUGACUGAGAAAGGGGCAGCUGAGUUGAAGACUUCUGCCACCCCCAGGCUGAAGACGGUACUUCUGAAUGUGGUGGACGGCAAAAGCAUCGAUGAAGCAGUGGUGUUUGUGAAGGCAGAGGUUGGGGAAGAAGGUCUAUGGGGCCUCGUCAACAAUGCUGGUAUACUACUAGCACUUCCUCCUACAGACUGGAUUCAGAUAGAAAGCUUCCGCAAAGUUAUUGACGUUAAUCUUCUGGGAACCAUUGAGGUCACUUUGAAAUUCCUUCCACUUGUAAAGAAAGCCAGAGGCAGGAUUGUGAACGUGUCUAGUAUCAUGGGCCGACUUGCCUUUGGGGGUGGUGGGUACUGCAUAUCGAAAUUUGGUGUGGAGUCCUUCUCCGAUACUCUAAGGAAGGACAUGAAACACUUUGACAUCAAAGUCAGUAUUAUAGAACCUGGCUUCUUCAAGACUCAAAUCACAAAUGUACAGCCAAUUGAGAAAGAGCUGCGAAGACUUUGGAGUGCCCUGACGCCUGAGAUUAAAAGCUCCUACGGGACGGACUACAUUGACAGAUAUUUAAAAGCCCAGAACACGUCAAUGAACCUACUGUUAAGUUCGAAGACAUCACACGUCACAGAUUGCAUGCAGCACGCCUUGACAGCCAAGUACCCGCGGACACGCUACGGUGCAGGAUGGGAUGCAAAGCUCCUCUGGCUUCCUCUUUCAUACCUGCCCACAGCCCUAACGGAUCGAGUGAUUAGAGGAUUACUGCCAGACCCGGCUGAGUCAGGAGUGACAGCAACGCGUCACUCACAGCAGCAGGAGCCCCGCUGAUAGUAAAAGAAGAUUGGGAAAGUCAUGAAGUGAUAGCAUUGUAUGAAUCAGACAUGCUGAAUAGGAAAUGAAAGGGGUUGAGUGGACUUUGCGCUUUGGCAUGUUCAAAAAGUACAGGCAUCCAUAAGAAUAUUCCAGAAAAAAGCUGUGCACUUUUACCUUUAAAUUCACGUCACGGCGGAGUUUGAAAUGAAUACAUUGUACAAACAUACAUAUCUGAGAUGGUUUGACUGGAGCACCGGCCGUAUCCUACCUUUUUUCCCUUUAUUUAGUUUCCUUAAUUUUUUAUUUUCAUCAUCUAUUCUUUUAAGAACUGGGAUUUGGUUGUGGAACUUAAAAUUAGAACUAAUUACUGAGGUGUCCUGCUAAUUAUGGCUGUUUUCUGAUAGUUAUAAAGCACUAGCGCUAGCCAUAGCCGGGUGUUGUGUUUUCCCACUGUGCUUUGUUACGAUUCUU